GGGCAUGGUGGGACACACCUAUAAUACUAGCACUGUGGGGGCAGAAGCAGGAGGAUUGCUGAAACUUGGAGGUCAGGCGGACCUGGGGGACAAGUUCCAAGCUAGCCUGCACUGGAUGUUGAGACCCUGCCUCACCCCGCCCCCAAACAAGGAGAAAACAGCAUAGUGUGCUUAAGUAUGUUGAUUCAGUGACAGCUGGGGGUCUGCUUUCUUCCAACCAGUCUCACCUGACCUUCUCUCCUUGCUCUCAGCAUCUGCUGUUUAUCACUUCCUAGAGCUGACUGUUGGGGAAUGGCGUUGCCAACAAAGUCUAGCAUCUUGGACCUGAGCCUCAACACGCAGUGCACCAGAUCCCCAGAGGAAAGCCACGAGGCUUGGGCACAGUGCAAAGAUGCUGGCAGGCAGCUUCCUGAGUACAAGGCAGUGGUGGUGGGUGCGAGCGGUGUUGGUAAAAGCGCUCUCACUAUCCAAAUGACCCACCACUGCUUCGUGAAAGACCACGACCCCACCAUCCAGGAUUCCUACUGGAAGGAAGUGGCCCUGGACGACGGCGGCUACAUUCUGAACGUGCUGGACACAGCGGGGCAGGAUAUACACAGGGCCCUGCGUGACCAGUGCUUGGCAGCUGGUGAUGGCGUGCUGGGUGUCUUUGCUCUUGAUGACCCGUCAUCUCUGGACCAGCUGCAGCAGAUAUGGUCCACCUGGAGCCCGCAUCAGAAGCAGCCCCUGGUACUCGUGGGCAACAAGUGUGACCUAGUGACGACUGCUGGAGAUGCUCACUCUGCUGCAGCAAUCCUAGCUCACAAGUGGGGAGCCCCCUUCGUGAAGACGUCAGCCAAGACGCGGCAAGGCGUGGAGGAGGCCUUUGCUCUGCUCGUUCAUGAGAUUCAGAGGGCCCAGGAGGCUGUGGGUGAGCCAAGCAGGGAGAAGACCCGACAGCACAAAGCCGUGUGUAGCUGUGGAUGCUCUGUAGCCUGAAGAUCUUAGUCAAGUAAAUUGACCCUUCCCUCGUGUCAUGUCAAGAUGACAAUUCUCUUGGCAUAAGAGUCCCCUCCCCCACCAAAUAACAGUUACCAUGGACACCUUUUUAUUCUCAUUUGGUGAGGAGUUAGGUGGUAACAAUGGGGUGUCCAGCAUUGGCUGUGCUCUAUGGAGCUCUAUGCAAAAUC